AUGGCCCUGGCAGGGAAGGCUUUAGACGUGACGCUCAGCACCUCCAGAGCUGACCAGUGGAAUAUGGUUUUUCCCCAGAAGGACGAAAUCAUCACCAGCUUAGUGUCUGCCUUAGACUCCAUGUGCUCGGCACUCUCCAAGCUGAACGCGGAGGUGGCCUGCAUCGCCGUCCACGAGGAGAGCGCCUUUGUGGUGGGCACCGAGAAGGGCCGGGUCUUCCUCAGCGCCCGCAAGGAGCUGCAAGCCGACUUCCAGAAGUUUUGCAGAGUCCAGCAGAGGAAGGAGCAGGACGCGGAGGCGCAGAAGAAGGCAAAGGAGUGCGGGCGAAGCGUGCUCAGGGUCUCCCCGGACCAGGGAUCAGACGUGUACCUCCUCAGGAAGAUGGUAGAGGAAGUGUUUGAUGUGCUUUAUAGUGAAGCCGUGGGGAAGAGCAGCGUGGUCCCUUUACCGUACGAGAGGUUCCUGAAGGAGCCAGGCCUGCUGGCGGUGGCUGGCUUGCCCGAGGGGAUCAGCUUUAAGAAACCCAUGGAGUAUGACGUGAAGUCCCUGAUGGCCAUCUUAGAGCACAGCCACAGCAUCCGCUUCAGGCUAAAAAGGCCGGCGGACGAGCCCAGCCGAGAGCCGAACCCCAGCGUCGAGUUGACUUGUACAUCCCUCGCCUCCAAGGGCGGCCGGGACUCUGGUGCCAACGGCCCCAUGGCCAAACCCGCCGGCCAGGACGCCCCCUCCGCCGUCGCCGUCACCAACUUCUUAUAUGGCGUCUCACUGCCGACCCAGCUCGCCGUUGACCUAAAGCAAGAGGUGUCCUCCGGCCUGCCUGGGCCGAACGCGGCCGGCGAGGCGCUGCUGCCCAGGCCCGCGGGAGAGCUGAAGGUGCCUUCCUCACAGGAGUACAGCGACUGCUGUGGACAGAAAUCGUCGGUCUCCGGAGGUCCCCUCAUCCAGAAUGUGCACUCAUCCAAGCGCAUCCUCUUCUCCAUCGUCCACGACAAGACAGAUAAGUGGGACAGUUUUAUAAAAGAAACUGAAGAUAUCAACACCCUUAGGGAGUGCGUGCAAAUUCUGUUUAACAGCAGAUAUGCUGAAGCCUUGGGGUUAGACCACAUGGUGCCCGUCCCGUACCGGAAGAUUGCCUGCGACCCCGAGGCAGUGGAAAUCAUCGGUAUCCCGGACAAAAUACCCUUCAAAAGACCUUGCACCUACGGUGUCCCCAAACUCAAGCGGAUACUGGAGGAGAGGCACAACAUCCAUUUUGUCAUCAAAAGGAUGUUUGAUGAGAGAAUUUUUACAGGAAGCAAAUUUACCAAAGAUCCAACCAAGCUGGAGCCCUCCAGCCCCCCCGGGGAGAUCUCCCCAGAGCCGCACCGCGGGGCCGCGCUGGACCUGGCGGGGACCUCUCAGGCCAACAGCAGGUCCGAGAAGUGUAGUGUUUCUGAAAGCUGUGAACCAGGUACCUCAGGAGAGCUGGGUGGGAUCAGGCAGAUCAAAAUCGAGCCGGACGAGCUGGACAUCAUCCAGAUCACCGUGCCAGACCGAUCGCCUGGUUCGGAUGAGAUUCACGACCCAGUGCCCACGCAUAUGGCCUCGGAGGAGACAAACUACAUCCUAGAGACGGUAGCAGGGACGGAGAAGGGGCCCAGCGAGGAGUCGCGACAUGAAGAAAAGCAGAUGGAGGGAUCAGGGGACGUUUUAAGUCAUUUGAGGAAACAGGUUGAAAUUUUGUUCAACACGAGAUAUGCGAAAGCCAUAGGAAUAUCAGAGCCGGUCAAAGUUCCCUACUCCAAGUUCCUGAUGUAUCCCGAGGACCUGUUUGUCGUGGGCUUGCCGGAGGGCAUCCUGCUGCGGCGCCCCAACUGCUUCGGGAUUGCCAAGCUGAAGAAGAUCCUGCAAGCGAGCAAUAACAUCCAGUUUGUCAUUAAAAGACCGGAGCUGCUGGCCGAGGGUGUGAAGGAGCCGACAUCGGAGAGCCCGGCAGCCAAAGCAUCGCAAAUCCUAAUUCCUCUUAUGUCCCCUGUCUCAGCUGCCAGUGAGAGGGACUCAAGCGAGGCGCUGCUGGAGGAUGCUGUGAAGAGACAGGGAUUUCAAGAAAAUUAUGAUGCCAGGCUUUCCAGAAUAGACAUCGCUAACACGCUGCGGGAACAAGUCCAGGACCUGUUCAAUAAGAAAUACGGUGAGGCCUUGGGGAUUAAAUACCCUGUGCAAGUGCCAUACAAGCGGAUCAAGAGCAAUCCGGGGUCAGUGAUUAUAGAGGGGCUGCCCCCCGGGAUCCCCUUCAGGAAGCCGUGCACCUUUGGCUCGCAGAACCUGGAGAGGAUAUUGGCCGUGGCCGAUAAAAUCAAGUUCACCGUGACGAGGCCUUUUCAAGGACUCAUCCCCAAACCUGAUGAGGACGAUGCCAACAGGCUCGGGGAGAAGGUGAUUCUCCGAGAGCAAGUGAAAGAGCUUUUCAAUGAAAAAUACGGAGAGGCUCUGGGCUUGAACCGGCCCGUCAUGGUGCCCUAUAAGCUCAUCAGGGACAGUCCUGACGCGGUGGAGGUUACCGGGUUGCCGGACGAUAUCCCUUUCAGAAACCCCAAUACCUACGACAUCCAUCGGCUGGAGAAGAUCCUGAAGGCGCGGGAGAGCAUCCGGAUGGUGAUUAUAAACCAGCUCCAGCCGUUUGCCGAAAUCUGCACUGAGGCCAAACAAACAGAGAAAGACACCAGCGUUCCCAAACGGAAGCGGAAGAGGAUCUCCGAAGGGAACUCGGUAUCUUCCUCUUCCUCAUCUUCCUCUUCCUCCUCUUCCAAUAUGGAGUCUACAUCAUCAACAAAUCAGAUCUCACUUGUGCAAUGGCCCAUGAACAUGUACAUGUUAGACUAUGGUGGUCUAAACGUCCAGAUCCCAGGACCUAUUAACUAUUAGACCUCAAUACCGAAUAAGAACCUCAAAUGAAAGAAUAAAUAAAUAAAUAAAUGUAAUUUAUGUAAAAAGUGUAUAUUCCAAUAUGUAUCAAUGCCUUUUAGUUUUUCCAAUGAUUUUUACACUAUAUUCCUGCCAUCAAGGCCUUUUUAAAUAAAAAUAAAAAGUGUUGCCUUGCUCUUAAAA